AACAAGCUUCCACCACAGGCUUGAGUUCAUCAUUUCCAUGGCUAACCCAAUUCUGAUUCGUCCAUGGUCUCGCUUGGCCUCUUUGCGCUCUCCUUCUGCUGCAGACUCACAACCAAAAUCUCAGCUUCCACAACCUUCUCUCGAAACAACAAACACCAAUGCCACUGUCACCAAAUCCCUCCCAACAACACCAGUUCACUCACAAAACCUCAAAUCUACCACCCCUAUGAUCUUUCCACCUGCCAAAUUGAAGGUUCACCCUCAACCGGUGGUAGAACUCACCAUUGAAAAGCCUGACGGCAAGGGCAAUGCUUCAGUGAAGCAUGAAUCAGAAGAAACUAAAAACCAGAACCAUGUCAUCGGCCCAAAUGAAACCAAAGGGAAAGGUAUUCACACAAAGCUCUCAGAGGGUCGUGGCGUAAGGGUCAUAACCAUUUCAGGGGAAAACAGAGGUGCUUACAUGCAAAUAGCACGAUCCCACAAGAAACAGCCCAUUCACAAGACGGGGAAUUCUGACGGUGAGAAAGUGAGAACACUAUCUUCUCCUCCAAAGGGAGUUUUGUAUGGAAACAGCAACGUGCAGUGUGUCAACAACUCAAUGCUGUUCAACGCUAGUUUGAGCCACCACGAACCAGGAGUGCACCUUGUUACCAAAAAAGCCAUUUGGUAAAGGAUUGCUUCUCAAGGAACGUGGUGAAGUUCCAUGCAGUUGAUUUGAAGGCACUGUUUUAAGCUUGUUAUUCUUUGUUUUAACGCUAGUUAUGGUGUGGUUGAUAUGUAAUAAAGUAAAAAUAAAGUGAAAAUAUUAAGCGUAAGUUAGGAAUGUCAGUUUGAGAUUCAUGAUGUUGUAACUCUAGUUUUCCCCGAAAUAAAG